AUGCCAUUAUCGUUCUAAUUAAUUACAAAGUUUUCAGAAGAAUAUUUGAACUAAAAAAAAAGAUAUGUCUACACUACACCUAAAUAAUUCUUAGAAUUAAUCAACUUAUACAAAUUCAUGUUGAAAACUAACAAGGGAAUGCUUGUAAAGAAUAAGGAGAGAUAUGAAAAUGGAUUUAUCAUAUUGAGAUCUACUUAAGCAUUAGUUGCUGAAAUUGAAAUUCAAGUCAAGCUAAAACAUUAUGAGGCUGAGGAAAUUAAGAAUAAAACCUAUCAACUCGCUGAAGUCGUUGGAAAAGAAAAGGCUAAGGCUGAAGUCGAAAAUGCAAAAGCGGCAGAUCAAGAAGCCAAAUGUCUACUCUCAAAUAAAAUAUUGCAUAGAAAAAGAAAUCCACCCAAGCAAACUUAGAUGCUGCCAUCCCAUUUGUUGAAUAGGCCAAAGCUGCUUUGA